AUGACGCGACAGCGACUCGAGGAAUACCGCUCUCGUGUCCGUUUUGUGAAGAUCGCAGAGGGAAUUCUGGCAGGCCUGUUCGGUCUGGCCGUUUCCUAUUUAAUGGUGUUCAUUCUCGAUCGCUUUUUCGACACCCCUGCCGUGGUGCGUCUGGUCAUCUUGUUGACAGGCUCUGUAGGUGUGGGACUCUUUUUGCCGCUGAAAUGCCAUCGCUGGAUUUGGGGCACUCGCCGGAUGGAGCAGGUCGCCGGUCUGGUGCGGCACAAGUUCCCUCGUCUGGGUGAUCAGCUACUGGGUGUGGUCGAGUUGGCUCUCAAUGAAAAGGCGAAUGUCGAAAGUUCAACACUCACGCGAGCUGCCAUCGCUCAAGUCGAUGAAGUCAUCAAAGAUCGCGAUCUCAGCGAUGCCGUGCCUGAUCCAAAACAUCACUGGUGGUUAAAACUGGCAGCGGUGCCGUUGAUUCUGAUGUUGCUCUGUCUGGUUGCUCUCCCAGCGGCUGGAUCAAACGCGUUGGCUCGCUGGCUGACACCCUGGAGGAAUGUUGAUCGCUAUACCUUCGCGCAGAUCGACGAGUUGCCAGCUGAGAUGGUCAUCCCACAUGGGGAAGAAUUCCCACUCACAGCCAAGCUCAAUGAGAAGUCCCGCUGGAAUCCCUCCGAAGGAAAAGUCCGCGCAGCGAACUCUCGUGAGCCAAUCACAGCCACCCUUGAUGGCGAUCAGUACGAAUUUGUCAUUCCACCCCAAACAUCCGAAUCAGAGGUGAGUGUCCGCAUUGGAGAUGUGCGAGAGUCAAUUCAUCUGAAGACAGCCACACGCCCAGAACUCAAGGAGAUGCAGGCGUCCAUUCAGUUGCCAGACUAUCUGCAAUACUCGCAUGACAUCGAGUCUGAUGUUCGUGGGGGCGUGAUCUCAGUCGUGAAAGGGGCCGAACUCGAUUUGACAGCGACUAUCAAUCGUAAACUGGUCGAUGGAAAAGCUUCAGGCAAGUCAGCCAAGAUUUCAGGGGACCGCCUUGAGGUCGCUGCCAUUCGUGUUGAUGAUUCCAGUUCGAUUCUACUGAACUGGAAAGACGAACUCGGACUGACUCCGAAGAACGAUUUCCAGUUGAAGAUCAACGCCAUUGAAGACGCGGAGCCUUCCGUCUUUUGCCAACAGUCAGACCCGCAGCAGGUGGUUCUCUCAACGGAAACGAUUUCGUUUGACCUCUCUGCCAAUGAUGAUUUUGGCUUGAAGAAAAUCGGACUGGAGUGGGAAGGCAUCGCCAACCCGACUCACAAUCCUGAGCCGGACAAGGGAGAUAAAACAGUCAAUAUCGGCGCUCCUGAAACUCCGGCUCUGACUGCGACAGCCACAUUCUCUGCAGAGGCUGAUAAUGUCCGUCCGCAAUCGUUGAAGAUUCGCGCCUUUGCCGAAGAUUACCAUCCCGAACGGGGCCGUGCCUAUUCUCCAACCUAUGUGUUACAUGUCCUAUCCCCUCAAGAUCAUGCGAUUUGGGUGGCGAAUCAGUUACGUCGCUGGGCCAGUUUGGCGGACGAUGUCUACGAAGAGGAAAUUCGUCUACACGAUGCGAAUCGCCAGUUGCGGAGAAUGGCACCUGAAGAGUUAGCGACUCGUGAAAACCAACAAAUGAUCCGCAGCCAGGCUUCCGCAGAAAAGGCGAAUGCCAUGCGUCUGGAUGCAGUCACGAUGCAGGGUGAGCAGUUAAUUCAACAGGCCAUCAGAAACCCGGAAAUGUUGGUCGGGCAUAUGGAGACCUGGGCUGAAGCCUUGAAACAACUGCGAGAGAUGGCAGACCAAAGAAUGCCUUCGAUUGCAGAUCUCCUCAAUGAAGCAGCUCAGGAAGAGCAGCAGGAGCAACUAGAUGAGGCAGUUGAACUGCAAGCGAAUCUGCUCGACGACUUCAACAAGAUUCGUGAAGACUUGCAGGCCAUUCUGGAUGAUCUUGAGAACAGCACGUUUGUCAAACGUCUGAAAGCUGCUUCCCGACGCCAAAUGGAGAUCGCCAAAAGCCUCAACCGCACACUCUUCAAGGGGUUUGGGAAGUCUUCUAAUGACCUUGAGGAGAACGAUCAGAAGCGUCUGGAAACGAUUUCUGAAUCCGAAAUCGCACAAAGUCGCAAUGUCUGGACGAUUCAAUCUGAUUUGCAAGCAUACUACGGCCGCAAAAGAGAACCGAAGUUUGAACGAAUCCUGGAGGAAAUGAAGGAACUCGAACCGGUCGAAUCUCUCAACGAUUUAGGCGAGCGAGUUAUCGAGAACCUAUCUGGGGAAUCAAUCGUCCAUGCCGAGUUCUGGGCUGAUACUCUGGACCGUUGGGCAGAGGAGAUGGUUUCUCCUUCCAAGUGUGGAGCCUGUAAGGGAGGAAGUUCCGUCAGCCUGCCACCUUCCAUUGUUCUCGAAGUGAUGAGAAUUAUUGAAGCAGAAAUGGACUUGCGAGAGGAAACACGUUCUCUGGAACAAGCGAAAGCUGCAUUCGAACCUGACAAGUACACCGAACGAGCCGAACUGCAAUCAACAACUCAGGCCAACAUCGAAGAACGUACACAGAACGUUGUCAAAGACAUUCUCGCCUUACCAGAUGGAGCUCAGAACUUCGGGAAAGAGAUCAAGAUUGUCUCGGCA